AUGAAAAACAAAAUUUUAAAUGAGAAAAGUACAAAUGAAAAUAAAAAGAUUUUAAUUAAACAAGGUAAUUUUUUUAAUAUAAAAAGUCACAAAAAAAAUUUGAUAUAUAAUAAUUUAAUAUAUGAAAAAUUUAAUGAUAUAAAAGACAUUAAUGAAAAUAUCAAGGAGUAUUAUAUAACAAAAAAAAAAAAUAAGGAAAAUGAUAGUAAAAAUACUACUUUUGAUUUAAAGAAUUUGGAUGAUCAGGAAAGAUUUAUAAAUUAUUUAGAUAGUUUAAAAAUAGAAAAUAUUAAGUCUGAAAAUAUAUCAAGUAACAAAAAUUAUAAGAAAAAAAAAAAAAAAAUUUUUGAUUACAUAAAUGAAGAUGAAAUAAAUUAUAUAGAUAUUAAUAACACCAACAGUGAUAAUUUAUAUAUACAUGAAAAAAUUAAUAAAGAAUACAAUAAAAGAUUGAAACACAGAUGUAAAAAUAAUAAUAUGAAAGAAUAUCUUAACAGUACAAAAAAACAUUGUUCGAAAAUCUGGAAUGAUGAUGAAUGUAAUUAUAACAAAGAUGAUAUAGAAAAAUUAAUCAUUUCUAUAAAUAAAUAUACACAAAUAGAAACUAAAAAUAAUAAUAAUUUAUGUAAAAAUUACCUUGAAAAUAAUGACAUUAGAUAUGAAGAAUGUCAAAAUGAACAUAAUUAUAAAAUAUAUGAAAAAAAAAGUAAUUGUAAUAAUGAAUCUCGUAAUAAUAAUACUAAAUAUAAAAAAUAUAAAAAUGAUAAUGAAAUUAAUUUUUCUAAAUCAUUAAUCAAUGAUAGAAAUAACUAUUUUAAAUUGGAAAAUAAUAACAAAAAUAAUUUUUUAAAUAUAAUGAAUAAUAAUAUAAAUUAUGAUUGUGUAGGUUUUGUAUGUGACGAAGAAUACAUGUGUGAAAAUUUUCAUUUUGAUGAAGAUCAUGUAGAAAGCCCAGACAGAAUAAAAUGCAUUAUAAAAAAAUUAAAAGAAAAAAAUGUUAUAAAUAAAAUGAUUCAAAUAAAAUGCAGAGAAGCUCUAUUUGAUGAAAUAAAACAGUGCCAUUCAAGUAGGCACAUUAAUAAUAUAUUUUAUUCAUUGAAAAAAAAAUUAAAAUAUAAAAAGAAAAAAGUUAUAUAUCCUUUUGAUAAACAUGAUACUUAUUAUACUUCACAUACAGGAAUUGUAUCUAAAAGAGCUGUUGGUGGGUUACUAAACUUAUGUGACGCAAUUUUAUCUGAUAAAAAUGAAAAAUUUAAAUAUAUAGACUUUAAAAAGUCAAUUCUUUAUAAUUACAAUUUCUUUAAUAUUACUUCCGAAAAUAAUAUAAAUAAAUAUGAGAAAAAUAAAAUAAAUUAUCUUAUGAAAUUAAAGCGUUCUGAAUCAGAUAGUAACAUAUACAUAAAAGAAAAAUCAAAAAAUAAUAUAUUUGAUGAGCGUUAUAAAUAUAACAUAUAUAAAAACCAAGAUUUAUUUAUAGAAAGUUAUAACAUUAGUGAUAAUUGUUAUAAUAAUGAAGUUAUUAAUAAUGACAAUAAUAAUUGUCAUAAAGAAGAUUAUAUUAAUGAGAAAUCAGAAGAUAAAUUAAUAAGUCAUAUUUUAAAUAAUAUAUAUAAUAUGUCAAACUAUAAAAUUUAUAAAAAAAAGUAUCGUAGUUAUUCUACUAGUGUAUUUAACAUGAAUGAUUGUAAUAAUAAUAAUUUUUUUACAAAUAUAAAUUGUGGGUUUGCAGCUAUUAGACCGCCAGGACAUCAUUGUAGCAAAAAUAAUUCAUCGGGGUUUUGUAUUUUUAAUAAUAUAAGUGUUGCAUGUAAAUAUAUAUCUAAAAAGUACGGAAUUAAAAAAAUUUUUAUAUUCGAUUGGGAUGUGCAUCAUAAUAAUGGAACUCAAGAAAUAUUUUAUAGUGACAAAGAUGUCUUAUGUUUUUCUAUACAUAGAUUUGAUAAAAAAAAAGAGAAAAUUAAGAAAAAAACAAAUAUCACAAAAAAUACUAGUGGAAAUUCAAGCGGUAAAAAUAUGAAAAGUAGUAAUAAAAAGAGAAAAAAAUCAAGUAAAUUAAAUGAAGAAAAUUUGUUUUUUCCAUGUAGUGGAGCAAAAAAUGAAUUAGGAGAUAAAAAUGGUUAUAUGUUUAAUAUCAAUGUACCAUUAGAAAAAGGGUAUAAUAAUUGUGAUGUUUAUUAUGUAUUUAAAUAUUUAUUAUUACCAGUGUUAAAAAAAUUUCAACCUGAAUUUAUAUUUAUAUCAUGCGGUUUUGAUGCAUCUAUUAAUGAUCCAUUGGGGGAAUGCAAUCUCACACAUAAUUUAUAUCAUUGGAUGACUUUACAAUUAAAAAAUUUUGCAAAUAUUUUUUGUAAUGGUAGAAUUAUUUUAGUUUUAGAAGGAGGAUAUAAUCUUAAAUACUUGCCUAAAUGUGCUUUGGCAUGUAUAAAAGCAUUAAUUAAAAAAAAUACAAAUUCCAAGCAGGAAUAUUCAGUUAAAAAGACCAAUGAUAAUAAAUUAAUAAGUAUAAAUUCAAAAGAAAUAAUUAUGGAUAGUCAAAAUAAUACUUCACUUAAAACUGAUAUUAGUAGUAAAUUACAUUCUAACUUUUCUACAAAAAAUUACAAAUAUAAUACUGAACUAUUUUUAGAUAAAAAAACAAAAAAAAACGUUGAAAAUACGAAUGUAAUUAAUUUAGAUAAUAUUUUUAAUUGCAUUGAUUUUAAUUAUAACUCAAAUAGCAAUAUACAAAAUAAUAUUUAUAAAUUAAAAAAUUAUACAGAUUUUUGCAAAAAAUCCAAAGAAUUGCGUAAUAAAGAUAUUCAUGUAAAAAGAGAGUCUAAAAUGAAAAAACUAAUAACAGCAGGUAAAUUGCAUUAUUCUACCUAUAAAGUUAUAAAAUAUUUUUCAUGUAUAUUAAAAGGAGAUCCUUUUCGUUUGAAUAUCAAAUUACCACCAUAUAAUUAUUUUAUAAAAAAAAAAGAUGCAUUAUAUAAAGAAAAAUUAAACAAUAGAGAAAUAAUUAUUGAAGACAAUGUCAAAAUGCAGAAUAAAAUAUUUGACAGUAAUAACAUUAAGGAAUAUAUUGAUCUAACAAAUCUUAAAGAUGAAACAAUUGAAUUAAAUAAUAUUAGUCAGAGAUGCAUAACAUACUAUUCAGAAUCAUCAACAACAACAUCAGACAUAUAUGAUGGAGAUAUAUAUAUAUCUGAUGAUGAAACAGAUUAUAAUAGCUCUUUUAGUUCUAAAAAUAGUAGGAAAAAAGUUAUAAUAUUAAACAGAUUAAAAUUAGAGAUAGAUAAAGAAAUUAAUACUUCGUCAUCUUUUCCAACUAUAAAUAUAAAAAAAAAAACUAAAGAAAAUAAAAAAUUAUCAAAUUAUAAUAAGAUUGAAAAAUUAAAUAAAAAUGUGGAAUUGUGGGAUUUAACAAAUUUAGAAAAUGAUGAUCAUGGAAAUUCAUCAGAAAUUAAUGAUUUAAAUAAUAGUUCUAUUAAUUGCGAUUUAACUAAUCUAAAAUAUAAUGAAAACCAAGUUAUGAAUUCUUUUAAGAUGUAUACAAAAAGAAAAAAAGGUUUUAUCUUUUUCUACGGAAGUGGACAUAGGAAUCAGUGGGUUUUACCAAUUCAUAAAAAAAUAACAAAAAUAAUAAAAUUAUGUUCCAAUUCAGAAGCUUAUUUUUAUGCAUGGUUAUAUUUAUGUUGCAAAAAAGAAAUAUGUAUAGGAAAAACAAAAGAAAAUUAUUCUUCAAUAUUAGAAGGUAAAGAAAAAAUUGAUAAUAUUUCUAUAAGUAGAGAAUUUUGUGAUGAUGAAAGAAAAUUAGCAAAAGAAUUUUUAAAAUUUACUGUUCCUUGCUAUAAUGUUUUUCUUAAGGAAAAUCAGAUAAAUGAAUUAAAUAAUAAGAAAAAUACCGAAACUUACUCGGCUGCUGAUGAAAAUUUAUAUGAUUCAAUAGAUGUACAUAUAGAUAAAUGUAUAGAAGAAAUAUUAAAAAGUAUUCAUCCUAUUAAAAAAAGUUUUAGUAGUUAUAAAAAAAAUUGCGAUAUUAAUCAUGCUGAAUUAAUAAAUAUUAAUAAUUUAAAUAAAAAUUGUAUAGAAGAAGACAUGAACAAAAAAUAUAUGAGUAAGCAAUAUGAAAUUAAGACAAAAAAAAAUUUUAAACAAAAUAUGACGUCAACUUUAGAUGAAGAUAUUAUGAAUUUUCAUAAUAUAAGCUGUGAAUUUUUGAAAUCAAAUUGUAACUCAAAACGUAACUUAGAAAAAAAUACUUGUAUUACUGAUAAUGAAAGUAAAAAUGUGUACCAAAAAAGAAAAAGUCAAAAAAAGGAAAAAGUAGAAAGUAAUUCAAUGAAUAACCCUAAAAAUUUUUUAAAAGAAAAAAAAACUGCUAUUUGUCUAAGUAAUGUAUUAAGUACUAUGCAACAUCCAUGUGUUAUAGAUGUAAAAAUGGGUAUCCGCUUAUAUGGAGAUAACUGCAAUAAGGAAUCAAUACAAAAGAAAAUAGAAAAAGCUAAAAAUAGAUCUUGUUUAUCACAUGGAUUUCAUUUAACGAGUUUGAUAGGUUGGUGUAAAAAAAAAAAAGGACCUUUUUUUAUAUCAAAAGAAGAUGCUCAUUCUAUUAAAAAUGAUGAUGACUUUGUCAGUGCUUUUACCUCCUACUUCAUGGCAUGUGAUGAUAUUUGUCUUUCCAUUCUCUUAAUAAAAAAAAUACUUUUAAUACUAGAAAAAAUGAAGAUUUUUUUUGAAAAUCAAAAUUAUUUUGCUUUUUAUGGAUCAAGUUUAUUAUUUGUUUUUGACUCAGAUCCAUCGAAAAAUAAAUGUGAAUAUAUUUAUCAGAAAAAUUUUAAUCAAUUAAAUUUAUUGCCAAUACAAGAUAAAGUAAACAAAAAAGAAACUCGUAACAAUGAAUUAAACAAAAAUAAAAAAAUAAAACAAGAAAAAAACUGUAAUAAUGAAAGAAAAAAUUAUGAAGAAAUAUAUAACUUUAAAGGAGAAAUUGAAAAGCUUUUUGAAGAAUCAUUAACUAAUGAAGAAAAAAAUAUAUAUAUGGAUAACAAAUUAAAUGCGAAAAUUUUAAAAAGUGCUGAUGUAUACAUAAUUGAUUUUGCUCACGCAAGUUUAAAUAAAAAUGAAAAGGAUGAAGGAUUCUUAUUAGGAAUAAUAUCUCUUCAUCGUAUUUUAAAAAAAACAAUAGAAAAAAUCAAAAAUUUUCAUUUAAAUAAAAGUUUUAAUUUUGUAAAAUAA